GGACUUGGUGUUUAGAUGUCGGCACUUGACAGAGUGUGGCCCCUUAGGCUCGAUAAGAGAGAACGCGAGAUUGCGAUUGUACGUAGAAGACAACGAUCUAGCACUUAUGGCUUUAUAGCACUUGCACUGCUACCUCAAAAAAUAAAUUACGCAGCACGGCACUGUUGCGUUUUUGCUUGGCAAACGGCAGAAUGGUGGCUCCGCCGCGUUUAUCUCGUGCUCUUGUGUCCGCCGCUCGUUCGGUGCUGUUCAUCUUACGCUCGUCGAGGUCACGCAAGAAGAUCUCCCAAACCGCGAAAACAGAAUCGGCCUUUGUGCCAUCGUCUUGUGCAGCUUGUGGACCGUUGUCUGACUGUGCUUUCGAUUUUUUGUGCGGUCGUUGCUAAUGCUGGAAAAGAUGAUAUAGAGCAGUCAACAUCGCUAUCGCCGCCAAGCACGAUUAACGAAGUCACGGUGGACAGGACGACAAGUAUAAAUCAAGGCGGUGGGACUACUACUAGCAGCAAGGUUCGCAUUCCCAAGGUCUUCUUGCAGAUUUCGCCGCAUUCCGAGGGCUACCACUACAAGUACUUUGUGAAGCAACGGCUACCAAGCGACUGGCAGUACGUCCAUUGGAACGAUCGGAAAUGUCUCGAAUUCAUCGUCAAAACACCGGUCCCCGGUCUCUUCGAAGAUGCGCGAAGGGAGGUUGCGAAGAUGGAGUUCUCCGCCAUGCGCGAGAAGUACGGAAUCGCUGGCGAGAACGAUUACCGGGCAUCGCGGUUAUAUCAGCUGGUCCAAUUCUUUCUCAGGGAGAAGUUCAUCCAAGGGGCGCACGGAGCGGACUUCUGUCGCAUGUACUUCCUCUACGUUCACGGCGGGGUCUACAUGGAUGUGGACAUGAUGUUGUACGACAACAUCGAAAACAUCGUGCAAGAUCACACUUUGUUAUGUGAGGAAUAAGACAAAUUAACACUUCCAGUAGACAAAACUUUGUGACAUGUGUAAAUAGAUGGUGUGUUGACUUCUUAUUGGGUGUGAUAGAUGCACAGAGGUGGUAGUUGUGCGGGGAAAGCAAUACAGAGCACCUGAUUCGUCUCUUCAUCUUCUGUGGUGUUGGAUGCCUAUCGACCGAACAAUCGCCUAACGGACUUGCUUUUUCGCGACGUCAAGCAAGGAACCACGGAAAAACGGCCAAAAUCAAAGACGAAACUUGAGACAGAGUAUUCUGGUAUUCGUGACCUUUUUGCUGGCAUCUACGCAAAAAGUCUUGUCGAGCUCGACGAUGUUGAGGGCCGGAAUUCUGCUGUAGCCGAUUCUCAAGUCGGACAAAAUAUCUCUACUGGUGUACCUACACCUACAGAAACAAAGUUGUCAUUAAUAGCCGACGACGACACGACUAGCAGUUCACGCGCUCUUGCAGAGAGUUUAUUCGAGUUGGAAGUUGCGGAAUGCUCGAGGCCGGUAGGACUGCUUGCGCUGAAACCUCUCCUGAGUCCGGUUUUUUGGUUGUGGUUUCGAUUCCAAGUUGUGAAAUUCGUUGCUGAUCAUCCUCAAGAGGAAAUGCUUUUCUGCUUGCCUGAAGGCCUAAACGUCGAACAGGCAGCAGCAUGGAAACAAAACCUGUAUGCAAGCUCACCAACGCUAGGAGCUCUUCAAGAGGGCGACAAAGUUGAUGAUCAACACCAGCAAAAGCGAGUUGCAGAUGAUGGCGCAGAAGCAGAGGGCUCAUCAAUUGCGCCUCCGGAGAACGGGGAGGAGGAUCAAGAUAGAAGACUCACAAAGCUAUACGGCCAAGGAAAUCUUGUAAAGCUGCGCAUGUCGAUGGGCCUGCAGGACGCUCCCCAUGCUGACUUAUCUGACGAACAAUUCUUUCGACAGUAUCUGUCCGUGUCCUGUAGUGACGCACAAACUCUGCUUGGUGAAAAAGUGCCAACGGGUACAGCAGAUGAAACAAACGCCACGGCGCAAUUGAGAAGACGUUCUACAGAAUUAUCGUGGUGUCGACAAGAUGAAGAGGAAACGAGCGGCGAAACUAGGGACGAUGUAAAGCUGACAGUACUACCUGCUCAACAGCGAAGGCGCAGUCGCUUCUUAUCGAUUUUGGUGAAAAAUACCACAUCAACUUCGGUCACACAGGCACUUCGAAGUGAAAAAUACACUACGUCCGAAAUUUUUCAGACAGCUCUGUGGCGUCGCAAUUUUCCCGCUUUAACUUACGACCAAAACUGAUAGUUCACAGUUACGCGCCGCGGUAGAUGUAGGGCGAUUUCGAUGCUUAUGAAAUCUGAAAUAUGAUGAGAAGAAGCAUCAAAUUCGUACCAGACAAUACUUAUGUGCAUGUAAGUACAUCCAAAUCCAUCGAAUCCAUUUCGGAUUUCCAUCUCCUCCUCUAAUGGUGUAACGCGACUCUGAUCGACCUGGGAUUCAUUGCUGCAGUUCCGAGACAUCCUGUCAUAUUGGAAGCACUUCAAGACCUUUAUCGCACGCGCCGUAGCGUAUUGGAGGAUCCGAGCAAAAAUUAUUGGGUUUUCUGCACACGCAUGUGGCACUCAGUAACACGUUUCGAGAGGACUCUUCAUUUUGCGCGACAUAGCGGAACAAGAUUAAAAUUGAAGGCCUCUGUGCAGCGAAAGGACGAUGGUAUAAUUGUUGCUCAAGUGGAAGCAGUAAAGUCACGUGUUGCGCUUGCGCUGUCGGAGGCGUGGUACCGUGAGAAGAUUCUUGAGGCCGAUAGCGAGAGUGAUCUAAAGUACACUCGACGAAACAAUUACGUUGUAGAAGGCGUGCCAGUGUAUUUGAUCAAUCUUCGCUUCCGGAAUUUGAGCGAUGUCAGCUACAUUUUCGAGGACUUCGGAACACCAGACUUGGCAGUCACUGGAGGUAUGAGCCGAUCUAGUCUUCCCACUGGAGGCAUCGUGAUGACUAAAGGUGAAUCACCAGCAUCCUCUUUGAAACACCAAGAGCAAGAUGGCGUGCUUGCUUCGAACGUCCAUCAGGACUUAAAAAUCGAUCCUGUAACGGUAGACGCAGUGGUCGGGGUCGAUCAUGACAUCGCGGUACGGGUGAUGGAAAGGAAUAGAUAUGAAGAUGAAGGAGCCAUGUCAAGGCAUGUCCCAGAUCACGUACCGUCCGAUGCCCAUGCAUUGCUUUCACGCUCUUUGCAUUUUGAUGCUCUGGUUGAGAAGUACGGCGACGGAGAUCCACGUCGGAUAACAACAAGGGUUCUGCAGAUGAAGGAGGUUGGGACCAUUAGCUGUGGACACUCUGUUCUAGGGCCGACUCUGGGCGCCAUCGUCGGACGGAACUGUAACAGCUACUUUCACGAUGAAAAGGAAGAUCGACAAGCAAAAACUCUUGAUGCGGGCGCGAACGAAAAAGUGUUGUUGAAACAUUUCCAUCGAACCAAGGUCAUACCAUGGCACGAACUUCGUCACCCUGUUACUGAUGUUUUUGCAUAUCCCCAUUGGAACAAUCGUAGUGCCUACGAUCGCGAAACAGCUUUAGUGCAUGGCUAACUCAAUGCGACUUGUUUCUUCUCAGCCCUUAUUCAUUGGAAAAAGAAAUCAAUGUUCCUCGAAGCAAAAAGUGCAUGGAAGUCAUUCGCAAACAGGCUCGUGCAUUUCUCUUUUGAAGAGCGUUGAGGCAAUUGCAAGCACCUGACAUUACUAUAAGCCGGUCUUUGUAAUCGCCUGUGUCAAUUUCAAAAGUAUCCUCAC